AUGGGGAACUGUAAAUUUGCUAGGCUAAGGCUACCUCCAGCUGACACUUACCAUGUUUUAGCCUGCAGACCUUCAAACAAGUCCUUGAAUUCAGUCUAUGUAGACAAAAACCAGUCAGCAGUGGUAGCUAUGCAAACUGAAGUAUUAUACUUAAGCAAUAGGAAGCUUUUGCUACAUGGACCUUCAAACAAGUCCUUGAAUUCAUUCUAUGAAGACAAAAACCAGUCAGCAGUAGUAGCUAUGCAAACUGAAGUAUUAUACUUAAGCAAUAGGAAGCUUUUGCUACAUGGUUCUUGCACCAACAGAGAUAUAAGUAUCUCACAGAGCAAAGAUUCCACAUCUGGGAUCCCACAAUACAUAGUUCAGAUUAUUAACACUUGUGUUUCUGGUUGUGCCCCUUCAGAUAUCCACCUUCACUGUGGUUGGUUUGCUUCUGCAAGAAUAGUAAAUCCAAGAACCUUCAAGAGACUCUCUUUCGAUGAUUGUUUGGUUAAUGGAGGAGAGCCAUUGAAGACCAGUCAGAUCAUCAGGUUCACUUACUCAAACUCCUUUAUGUACCCACUUGCAUUCAAGACAGCUAAAUUUUGCUAA